UCAUUAUCGGGCUCAAAAGCAGCCUGUUUCGUUGCUUUAUUAUUUGUUUCUCCUCCUGGUCUCCCCCGCCGUCGAAGGGCCUCCGCGGGGAUGAUGUGUGCGGCGGGUCUGCGGUGUCCCGGCUGCGGCUCCUCCAACGUCGUGGAGGAUGACCUGUACUCUCAGGCUCAGAUGGUGUGUGUGGACUGCGGCUCCGUGGUCUCUGAAGGAACUCUGGCCCAGGACCCUCUCGACGGGACAGCUGUCAGCUACAGCAGGUCCACAGCCGUGUCCAAAAAGCCCUGUAGGAACCUGAUAGAAGGUCUCCAGCGCGUAAAAGCUAUAUGUAGAAUCCUCAGGGUCAACGAAUCCAUCGAGGAGCUCUCGGACAAGUAUUACAACCAGGCGUACCGGCAUCAGAGCUUCAUCAACGUCACGCUCCAUAAAAAACACAUUCUGGCCGGCUGCUGCGUGCUCAUAAGCUGCAGGCUGUGCAACUGGCCCGUUACGAUGGGAACCAUCGGCUACCUCGUGGACGCAGACCCGGUGGAGGUGGGGGGGAUUUAUCAAGAUAUGGUGAAAGUUCUGGACGUCAACGCUCCGAUCGUCUGCAUCACUGAUGUAAUGCAGGCUCACAGCCAAGAAUACAAAAUCAGUGCGACUGAAGUUCCCGACGAGUUAUCGGAGAACUCCCGGGACCUGACCAAGCGAGCCGUGGCGCUGGUGGAGCUGGCGGCGGACGCCUGGAUCGUGACGGGCCGUCAGCCCACCCCCAUCAUGAUGGCGGCGGUCUAUUUAGCCUGGCAGUCCCUGAAACCCAGCAAGCUUCGCCUUGGCUUCUCUCUGAGCAGAUUCUGUCAGCUGGCCAGAGUGAAACAGCACAAGCCUGCGAUGAAGAGAGUGGCCGAGAUGAAGGAGGUUCUGUGUAAGCUCGGCAAGGAGCUCCCCUGGAGCAGCGAGGCGGUGACCCCGGACAGCGUUGUCCAUCAGGUGGGGGAUAUUCUGCAGAACAGGAACGUGCUGCUGAGGAAGGCGCUGGAAAGCCACGAGGAGGCCCUGCAGGCCAGCAGGACUGAGGAAGCCGCCGCCUCCCAGAUCCCCGAGCCCGGCGCUCAGACUGCAGAUGAGCUACCUGUGCAGCAAAACGGAAAGAACGCUGAAAGGACGGAGCAAAGACGAGACGGAGACGGUGAUCCACGCACAGGACUGCAGCGCCUUGACAGUCCUGACUCGAACUGGGGUAAAAGAGAGCUGUUUGCUCCCCCGUGUGUGAUUCACUGCAAGAGGAAGAGAGUGGAGCAGCCCGACGUCCUCAGAGACGUCACCGGAGACGAGGAAAUCUCCGACAGCGAAAUUGACUCGUACAUCCGCAGCCCUCAGGAGUCCCGAGAAUUUGCGCUGUCACAGAGGAUAUUAUCUGAAAUGAAGAAGCCGUAAUGAGUUUUGCACCGAGGAUGAAGCUUUUUUAUUGCUCCAGUAAAGGCACAAAAAUGGUAGUUUUCACUUGUUUAUUUAUUUUUUUUUCUAAUUUGAGAUGUUCAUCUUCAGUCCAAAUGACAAGCUGCAUGUGGUUUUGUUGCUGUUUCUCCCUACUUUGAACUGCAUAAAAAAUUAAUACACAGCUUCUGACGGCAACAUGAAAGUCCCAGCAGUGUGUCAUGUUUUUGUUUUCCGGGGUUUGUGAGAUUAAAGACAUUUGUACAACCUCUCCCUCAUGUUUUAAAUCAUUUGGUGUUUUGGGGUGUUUCAACAAGCUUUCAGAAUACCUAAAGUGCUACAAGUGCAAGUAGAGCCUAAAUGAAAGCUGUUUUUAAAGGAACCUUCAAUCACAAAUGUUGCCUGAUUAUGUGUGUGUUAUAU